AUGGCUUUCUCAAUGGGAAUGCCCUGGAACGAGGGCGAAGAGAAGAUGCACCGCCUCCUCCGCGUUCCUCCUCAAGACAACCCAACAUCUGCUAUGCUCACACCACAAGCCACUUUCAUGUUCCAACGCGCUCCUCUGCUUGCCUUCGGGACCCUAGAUGCACAAUCUCGACCAUGGACGACUCUAUGGGGCGGCACGCCCGGUUUCUCCGAACCGCUUGGUGGAGGCUUCAUCGGCACGCGCACUCUCGUUGACGACAAGAAUGACCCUGUUGUACAAGCGCUCGUGGGCGAUGGUGAGAAGGGCGAAAUGACCCAAGCAAAAGACGGUGGCAAGUUAGUAGCAGGUUUAGCCAUCGAUCUUAUGACAAGAAAAAGAGUCAAGGUUGCUGGUCGUAUGAUCGCAGGAACAUCAACGAAUGUCAACGUUGAGGUCGAAGGGGAGGAAGACAGGACACAACAACAGAUCCAACUCGUCACAAAGAUCGAACAAAGUUUGGGAAACUGUCCCAAGUAUCUCAACCAAUAUGAGAUAUACCCAGCGCUCGUCACCGCAAAACUAGUAUCGCAAUCUUCAGCGUUGUCAGAGGAAGGAAAAACACUUAUAGCAAAAGCCGACAUGUUCUUCCUAUCCACUACAACAGAAGACGAUAUGGACGUCAACCACCGCGGCGGCCCGGCGGGAUUUGUUCGGAUGAUAGACUCAAACUCACUCGUCUACCCAGAAUACUCUGGAAACCGGCUUUACCAGUCCCUCGGUAAUCUGCAACUCAACCCAAGAGUUGGUAUCACGUUUCCAGGCUACGAUACUGGGGACGUACUUUACCUGACCGGCACGACUGACAUCCUCGCUGGUGCAGACGCAGCUGCCCUGUUGCCGGGUAGCAAUCUAGCCGUAAAAAUCACGAUCUCUGAAUGCCGAUUUGUGACCAACGGUCUACCAUUCCGUGGUGUGAAGAAAACACCCAGCCCCUACAAUCCACUCGUCCGCACCCUCGCUUCCGAAGGAAAUAUACGCAGCGCACUGUCCGUCUCCCGAACCAUCGCAUCUCUGACCAAGAAAGAGGUUCUCACACCUAGUAUCGCUCGUUUCACCUUCUCCGUCAAGGAUGGGAUAACAUAUCGUCCAGGGCAAUGGAUCGCUCUAGAUUUCAGCGCUGAACUAGACAUUGGAUACGAACAUAUGCGCGACGACGAUCCGGAGAGUUUGAACGAUGAUUUUGUCAGGACGUUCACCAUCUCCUCCACCCCUAACAAGGAUGGUGGGAAGGAGAAGGAGUUCGCGAUCACAAUACGCAAGGUUGGCACUGUGACAAGGUUCCUCUUCCAGCAGAAUGAGCGGGCGGGGCUGGAAAUAGGUGUUCUGGGUGUAGGAGGCGAGUUCAAAGUGGAGAGAGCUGGGGAGGGCAAAGCCGUGUUUGUGGCUGGUGGAGUGGGUGUCACACCGUUGUUUGGACAGGCUGGUGGACUGGAUCUGGAGGCUGGAGGAUUCAAGUUGCUCUGGGCGAUCCGCAAGGAGGAUGUGGGGUUGGUGAGGGAUACCUUUCGGCGGUACCCUGGGCUAGGAGGCUGUACGACGGUAUUCUUGACAGGUGGUGAGAGUGAUGGUGUGGAUGGGAAGUUGGCUAAUAUGAGAGAUGAGGUGAAGGCUGAAGCUAAGGUUAUCGAGAGGAGGAUGGUGAAGAGCGAUGUACAAGGUAUGCAGGCUGAUACGUGGUAUGUGUGUGCUGGGAAGGGAAUGAGGAAGGAAAUUACGGGGUGGCUGGAAGGGCAGAAAAUCGUGUUCGAAGACUUUGAUUAUUAA